AGAUCGUAAGAUAAAUAGUUAUUCGGAAACCAUUAAGGACUGAAAUACGGUCCUUCUCUGACCGGUCAUCAAAUAACCUUUUGGAAAUCUAAAUUCAAUCGAAUCAAGUAAAACAUGGCCUUUUUUGCUAAGGCAUGUUGCCUGGCCCUGUUGGUAACAGUGGCACAUGGCGUGACAAACGGAAUCAAUGACGUGGAGAGGCCACGGGACAACUCCAGGACAUGGAUGGCGUUAUGUCCUUGUGCCAGGGCUGCCUUGUACGACAUGCAGCAGGCGCUCACCAACUACACUGAGGAAGUCAACUCGGCCAACCCUCCCAACUUGAACGACGUUAUUGGAAACAUCAAAAGAAUCGCUUACAACUGUACAAAGCAGCCCACUUGCCAAUGUCCUGAAGGCUACUUUAAGACCAGCGACGGCUACAACUGUCUCAAGAUCUCCGACGAAGAGUUGGACUGCGAUGCUGCUACCACCGCUUGUUCGUCCGACAUGAACGCACGUCUGGCUGUCGCAAAAGAUCACCGUGGACUUACUAAGCUUGCAGAUUACAUUCGCGAACUGGAUCCAUCUGAUCAGGAAUUUUAUUGGAUUGGGUUGUCCUACAACCGUACCAACGGUGGGUUGCCAGUGUGGACAUGGGAGGACGGAUCCGCUGCGAGUUACGAGAUCACAAGGAACCUCCGGAGCAACGUGAGGAAGAACCUUCUCCGUAUUGUUGACGUCACAGACGGAGCUAGGCAACCGUUGGAGCGAGUGGUAAUCAGCAAGGAUUACACCGGUAACUUCUGGAAGCAGGAAAUGUGCGGAGUGGCUCGCGGAAGAACACAGGUCGCCAGGCACAAGUACAUCUGUGAAUUCAUGAUGUUCAAAGUUGAGAUUAAGGCGGUCACAUCAAGCAACAGAACACCUGGCGCACCCAGACAGUUCGCCAGAGGUGGUGCGGGAAUGCUCGCCUAAUAAAAACACAACUCUUGUACAUAAAUCUGCUAUACUGAUUGAUCAUCAGCAUCUUGCAGCGCCCUGCUUAUUUCGCUGCGCUUCAAAUGUGCAAAAUGUAUUUCGUCACUUCUAAUCCAUGUUCGUACCGCUUCAUUCUUUCGCAUCCGCUAACUCGUGCGUUUUGUCACCUUGUUGUUCGUCCAUCUUGUCUCGUCUGUGAUGUUACGCUUGUCCGUCCUGUUACGUCGCACUUUGUCUCGUUUACCGCACAUAAUAAUGUUGGAUCAAUCUGCGUGAGAAUACGGACCAAUAUAUACCAUCGCAUAUUUGCGAUCACCCCAAUUAUACAUUUGGCUCUAUUGUGUAAACCACCAAAACUACAGUAGUAUAUACUCCUUCGGUUCUAUUGAGCUAAAGUGUCACUCGAACGUUAUUUUUCGCCUGAAAUAUUUGCCUGCGAGAUUCGGACUUAAUAAACUAAAUUUAGCUUUUAAA